UAUAUCAAGACUUGUGACAAAUUUAAAUAAUAUACAUUUGUGGAACUACUUGUAAUUAAAUCAUACGUCAAAAAGUUUUGUGGAUCAUUGUAUGCGACUAAUAUUUUUGUCAAAACUAUGUGUCAUCAAAAGCAAUUAUUGACGUUUCGGAACUGUCUUUUAGAAAAAAACAUUUAAUUGCUUCGUUCGAUCUCGUUGUUCUCACUAUUGUUCCCGAUACGAACAAAAGUAACCGAAUAGAAGGUCUACCUUCCUUGACAACGUCUCAGGCAAUCUCAGCGUCGUUUGAAUUUGAACUCGUGUGCGUGAGUAAGUAACUAGCCUAAAGCUGAGCAAUUUAAGAGAACAUACGCAUAAAGAAAGGAGUCGGGUACCCUCGAUGUAAAUGGAGAUUAUUGACAUCAAAAGUAAUGUAAUUCGAGUUCGCGUGAGGAUCAGGCUCUGUAUGACAGGACACAGUUCAGAAUCAAAAUCUAUACUUUUAACGUAAAACUACCAGGACAUAGUCAUGGAAGACAAGACUGAGGAUAAUGUUGUUAUUAAUGAACAAAGUGAGGAUAACGAGAUCCAAAAUAUCAAUAGAGAAAGAUACAAUGAUUCUGAUCAAGGACAGCAUUUUCUACUUCCUAGUGCAAAUUCACGUUCACCAAAAAUAGCAGUAGAAUAUAUUCGCAGGUCUAACAUAAGUCGAUAUAAUCCAGCUCUAAGAAAUCUUAUACCAAUACGUCAUGAGGAACAGAAUAAAGAAAGUAUGCCAGCGGACAGUGCUGGAUUAUUUUCCUACAUUUUUUAUACUUGGAUAACGCCAUAUGUAUGGAGAGCAUACAAGAAGGGUAUUACCAUACAAGAUAUACCACGUAUUUCGUCUUAUGAGUCUUGCAAAUACAAUGCACAGAGAUUAGAGGUACUUUGGCAAGAGGAGUUAAAUAAACGUGGCCCGCAUUCAGCGUCACUUGCAAUCGUUGCCUGGCGAUUUGUUCGAACGAGGAUAUGCAUAGCUUGGUUCUUACUGAUAUGUUCUACGAUUUGCGGAUUUAUAAGUCCUAUGAUAUUAAUGAAAAAGGUAUUGGAACGUGUUCAAUCGCCGGAAGAGGAUACGUGGGUUGGCAUAAAAUGGGCAGUAUUGCUAACAUGCUGUGAUUUCUUAAGAAUGCUAUUUUUUACAUGGACUUGGAAUACAAAUAUUAGAACAGCGUUAAGAUUAAAGUCUGCUUGUACUACUCUUUUGUACAAGAAAAUCAUGAGAUUAAAUAACCUUGGAAAUAAAAGUUCAGGAGAAUUAACUAAUUUAUUUACUAACGAUAGUCAGAGGCUCUUCGAUGUAAUCAUUUAUGGACCUAUGAUAAUUAGUGGUCCAAUAAUCAUUACCUGCGGCAUAAUUUAUAUAUUAUGGAUAUUCAGUCCAUUAGCCAUUCUCGGAAUAUUCGUUUUUCUUAUAUUUUAUCCUUGUCAGUAUCUUAUUUCUCGCAUAGUCGGAUAUUUUCGUUCCAAGACGGUUGUCAUUACAGACAAACGAGUGAAUCUGACGAACGAAAUUUUAGAAUGUAUAAAAUUAAUUAAGAUGUGUUCAUGGGAGAAAUACUUUAGUCAUAAACUUCUUGAUAUACGAAGGAAGGAAGAGCACUGGUUACAUAAGAUUGUAUACUUUCAAAGUUUUGCUAUUUCUUUAACGUCAGCUAUACCUGUAAUAUCAGCAAUUGUUACAUUUUUAGCUCAUUUAUCUACAGGCAGUAGUUUGACUGCAGCUCAGGUAUUUCCCUUCGUAUCAUUACUCAAUACUCAAUUUCGUUCUUCUUUCAUGUUUUUACAAGUGGCCUUAGUUAACAUUGCUGAAUCAAACAUAGUAUUCAACAGAUUGCAGAGUGUAUUGCUAUUAGAAGAAUAUACAUGCCAUUUAUCGAAACCAAUUGUGAAAUCAGAAGCCAUAGCUAUCACUAAUGGUACAUUCGUUUAUGAAAAUUCCACCUCAUGCACUAAUGAAUCAAAAAAUAUCAAUAAGAAGAAAAAAAUCUCAUUUAACCAGAGGGAGAAAGUUGAAUUGGAGAAACUGAAUGCACCUUCUAACGAAAUCCAAUAUGUGAAAGUACUUACAGAUAUUAAAUUUGGAGCAGCAAAAAAUGCACUGAUAGGUAUUUGUGGUCAAGUAGGAAGCGGAAAGACUAGUCUGCUGCUUGCUGCUUUAGGACAAUUGAAACUUACUCGUGGACACGUUCUGAGAGAAGGUUCAUGCGCUUAUGUUAGUCAGCAGGCAUGGAUCGUUAAUGCAACCCUUAAAGAAAAUAUAUUAUUUGGAAACCAGUUUGACGCUAAACGAUACUAUCAAGCAUUGACGGUUUGUAAUUUAAAAGAGGACAUAAACAUGCUACCGGGUGGAGAUGAAACUGAAAUUGGUGAAAGAGGUAUAAACCUUUCUGGGGGACAGAAGCAAAGAAUUGCUCUUGCAAGAGCAGUUUACGCCAACAGAGAUAUUUAUGUUUUGGAUGAUCCAUUAAGCGCGGUAGACGUUCAUGUGGGAUCUUAUAUUUUUAAGAAUUUAAUUCUCGGCGCGCUCAAAGACAAAUGUGUUCUUUUCGUAACGCAUCAAGUCCAAUUUUUGAAGCAUUGCGAUGAAAUCUUUGUAAUGAACAAUGGUAGCAUCGUGGAACAAGGUACGCACAAUGAACUCAUGCAGUUGAAGAAAGAAUAUGCCGCGAUGGUGAACAAUGCGUUAUUCGAAACGGAAGAUAACACGAAAGAAAAGUCCACAACAAUUACUGACAUAGAAAGUAAGAAUUUUGGAAACCAUUUGAAAACGCAAAUCGUAGGAUCUAAUUCUGAUAACAAUUACGAGAACGUAGAGGCAUCGCAGAAAACACUUAAAAAAGGAGCAUCUCUAACUACAGAAGAAAAGGUGGAAACGGGUUCUUUGAAAUCGCAUACUUAUCGUACAUAUAUAAAAGCUGCAGGUGGUUAUUGCGUGGCUGUCUUAGCAUUCUCUACACUUUUCUUAAGCGUUGGGAGCUCUGUAUUUAGUACUUGGUGGCUAGCAACGUGGAUCAAAGCUGGCGGUGGAAACAUUAUCGAUCCGGAAACUAAUGAAACUAUAGCAUCGGACAAUUUGAACGAUAACCCUGACUUCGCCUAUUAUCAAAACAUUUAUGGUGCUUGCAUUGGAGCAAUUUUGUUCACGAGUCUGUUGCGUGGUUUAGUUAUAACAUAUACUACGAUAACAGCAUCGACCACAUUGCACAAUAAAGUAUUUAAAAAAAUGAUCGAAUCCUCGUUAACUUUCUUUGAAACUACUCCCAGUGGAAGAAUACAAAAUAUAUUUAGUCGAGACAUAGACGAAGUUGAUCAUUACAUACCGAUUUCUAUAGAGAACAUGGUGCAGAAUAUCUUUACUUGUAGCUUUGCAAUUAUUUUCAUAUGCUCGAUACUACCAUGGUUCAGUUUACCGUUAAUUAUUCUUGGCGCCGUCUUUUUCUAUAUAAGUAAAGUGUUCCGAGUAGCAAUGAGGGAUCUUAAACGAAUGGAAAGUGUCUCGAGAUCACCCGUUUUAAGUUUUGUUACAACCACUGUACACGGUUUGAAUACGAUUCAUGCAUUUCAGAAGGAAGAAGCAUUUAUAAACAAAUUCGAAGAGCUGUUUGAUUUAAACAAUUUGUGUCUUUACCUGUGUCAAUCAGCCAUGAGAUGGUCCGCCUCGAGACUCGACAGUUUGGCAAUCGCUUCUGCUUCGAUCACUGCAUUUCUUGUGAUAGCGCUCAGAAAUCAAUUAUCUCCAGCCCUUGCUGGCCUAGCAAUGGCAUACUCCAUGCAAAUGACGGGUGUCUUCCAGUACACUGUAAGAUUAAUGGCAGAAACAGAAACACGCUUUAUAAGUGUUGAAAGAAUAAGUUAUUAUUUAAGGACGUUACAAAAGGAAAAUACUUUCGAUAAAGCCGCUGAUGAACCUCCAAACGAGUGGCCGACUCAAGGAAAUUUGGAAUUUCAUAAAGUUCAAUUGAGAUAUAGAAAAGACCUACCGCUUGUAUUAAAUAAUAUUUCAUUUACUAUUAAAGCUGGAGAACAUAUUGGUAUUGUGGGAAGAACAGGAGCUGGGAAGAGUUCUCUCAUUGUUGCCUUAUUCCGAUUAGUCGACAUAUGCGCCGGAAGGAUUAAAAUCGAUGGUGUAAAUAUAACUAAAAUAAAUUUGGACUUACUUAGAAGUAAAUUAUCUAUAAUUCCUCAAGAUCCUGUGUUAUUUAGCGGAACCAUAAGAUCAAAUUUGGACCCGUUUAAAGAACAUAGUGACUUUGAACUCUGGAGUGUUUUAGAGAAAACUCAAUUGAAAGAAAAGGUAAUACUUAUGACGGGACAAUUGGAUGCGUUUGUGGAAGUUGGAGGAAACAACUUGAGCAUCGGUGAAAGGCAGUUGCUUUGUUUGACAAGAGCCCUUUUACGCAAUACCAAAGUAAUGGUGUUGGACGAGGCAACAGCCGCUGUUGAUCCUGAAACUGAAGUCGCUGUACAAAGUACAAUACAAAACGAGUUUUCAAAUUGUACUGUAUUAACGAUAGCUCACCGUUUAAAGACUGUUGUUUCUUGCGAUCGCAUUAUCGUUAUGAAGAGAGGCCAAAUAAUUGAAUUUGACGCACCGUCUAUACUCCUGUCCAAUUCAAACUCGGAAUUUUCAAAAAUGCUGGCCUCAGCAGACAAGUCCAUGAAUGAAUCUUCUUGACUCUAAUAGCAUUAACAAUAAUAUUAUAUAGAAAUAAUAAGUAUUGACUAUAAGUCAAAAUUGGGCAAAUUUUAUUCACGAAUAACGUUUAAAAAAAUUUGUAAUUUAUGAACGAAUUAACGAAUUACCCUUAGAUUUUAAUUUGUUACUCCCGAAUAGAACUUGCCCGACUUUGCUACAAAUCGAUAAGCAU